AUGAAGAACCCGACGCUGGUGGACUCCAUCGUCGCCAAGGCCGGGCUCAAGCCCACCGACACCGUCCUCGAGAUUGGUUCGGGCACAGGAAACCUCACCAAGCGCCUCCUCGAGGCCGGGGUCAAGGCCGUCGUCGCCGUCGAGCUCGACCCGCAUAUGGUGCUUGAGCUCAACCGGCGGUUCCAGGAGCACCCGCUCUCCUCAUGCCUCGAGUGUCAAAUCUGCAAACCACCGAUGUUUCGAGUCCCGUUUUUGCAAAUCGACCGAAAACUCAGGUUUACAAUCUUCAUGUUUGAAGGAGUUGCUUAA